ACCCACACAUUCUAAAACCACCCUUCUUCCUUCUAUAAAUACCUUUGCAACCACUCCCCACCGCUCACUGAAACAACGAUCUUUGCUUUUCGUUUUCUUUUUCCCUUUCUAUAAAUUUUGCUUCAAGCUUCGAACUGAAAGCAAACAAAAAUGGCGGCAGGAGAGCCAUUCGAUGAUACGACAAAAACUCCUUCUGGAGUCACAACGACUCCACACUCACCAUGGCAUUCACCGGUUCCGUACUUGUUCGGUGGAUUGGCUGCCAUGCUUGGUCUCAUAGCUUUUGCGCUUCUCAUCCUAGCUUGUUCUUAUUGGAAACUGUCACGCUACCUUGACAACGGUGAGGGAGGGGAAGGAGAGAGAGACUUGGAAGCAGGAGAAGGUAAAGGAGAUGAGACCCAGAAAGGAGGGGCCCCUGUUAUGGACCAAAAGUUUCUUGUGAUAAUGGCUGGAGAAGUAAAGCCAACGUUCUUGGCCACUCCCAUUUCUUCUAGCAGGUCUUCUUCUUUUGGCGACAAGAGUGAUAAAAGCUGUUGCUGUGAAAAGGAUGAGAAAUUGGAGGAGGAAGGAGAGAAGCAGGGGAGUGGUGUUGUUGGCGAUGAUGUGGUGCAGAGUGGGACCACGGGGACUUAUCAAUCCUUAAGUCAGGAGAGUCAGAACCAUUGAUUUUUCAUUUUUUUAGGAAAUGAAUUUUCCCGGUGAUCUCCUUAGGUGGAUGUUGGGUUUUUCUAGGUGGGUUCCGUUUCGUAAAAGAGAGCUCAAGGUUAUGCUUUAGGCCCUUUUCUUAGGUGGGGGGCUGUCGGUCUGUAUAUCAGAUUUCAUGUUUGAUUGGUGUGAGCUUUGCUUUCUGUAGCUUAUAAAUUCCUUUUCCCCUUGUUUUACUCCUACCUUUUCUUUUUCUUUUUUUUUUUUUAAUCUAUCUUUUCUAUGGGGUCUCUUCUCUAUUUUACAAUUCGGGAAAUGUAGAUUUUUACUGAGAUUAAAUGGAAAGAAGAAUUUAUGGUUCAUUGGCAGGAUCUUUCCAGAAAGGUUUUUGUUAAGUUUAAUUUGUCACAUUAAUUCACUAAAUCUAAUCUUGUAUAUAUGAACAAAGUAUAAUUUCUACUAGCACUAGCAUAGAUUUUUUUUGCCGAGAUUCCUUUUGCCAAAUCGACGAACCUGCCAAAUGUUGACAGACAGACAGGAAUUUGACAAACAGGGGUCGAUCUCCCCGUUGAACGCAAACGUACAGAGAAAGGCACGUGUGAGGCUAUGUUGAUAGGUUUCUGUACAAGUUUCUGAUGCGGCGUGGUGAAGCAGAACAGAUUGCACAGCCUCGCCUUGACCAUUCUCUUUCUCAAAAUCGAUUCAGUUCUAUUAAAGUUUAUGCUUUGCUCUGUUACUACAACAGUUCCAACAUAUAAUAUUAUUCCAUUAUUCCAGAGCAGUCAAUGUCUUCAAAUUACAACUAUCAUCCUUGCUUUAUGCAUUC